CACAGUCAGCGGGCAACCCUCCGAGAGUCCGAACACACCCAAAGUAAACAACAUCAUGGGUCAUCAGCAGCGGGACGUGGCUCUGCUUUCCUGUCUCGCUAUCCUGGCAGCCUUAUGCACUACAGGCUGCGCGGGGGAGGACUUUUACAGCCACUCUGUGAAGGACCACCAGGGCCAGGACGUGGCACUGGAGUCCUACAGAGGGAAGGUUACUUUGGUGGUGAAUGUUGCCAGCUUAUGUGGCUACACAGAGAGCACAUACCGAGCCCUCAAGAAACUUCAUGACAUUCUCAGUUAUGGCGGCCACUUUUCGGUGCUGGCUUUCCCAUGCAAUCAGUUUGGUGAGCAGGAGCCUCUUGAUAUUGAGGACAUCCUGGAGCAUGUGACCUCAGAAUAUGACGUGGAGUUCCCGGUAUUCAACAAGAUUGACGUGGUAGGACCAAAUGCUGACCCAGCCUUCCGACAACUCAUUGAGGAUUCAUCAAUUGUGCCGGACUGGAACUUCUACAAAUAUCUGGUGAAUGGGUCUGGCCGGGUGGUGGGGGCUUGGGGCACCCGUGUCACCAUAGAGGAAAUCUUUGAUGAGAUCCAGGCUGAGGUGGAGAAAGCGAAGAAAGCAGCACCAGCAGCCAAGAAGGAAGCAUCGCAAAGUGAGGGUGGCAACAAAGAUGAACUCUAGUGGUUUUAGGUAACUGGUAAUGGUUUGCCUUCUGAGAUUCAUGUGUACACUGGGUUUAGAGGUACUUAAUACUAACGUGUGUGUGUGUUGUAAUUAUAUGAGGUAGUGAGUACAGUAUUGGGAGGCUAGUGGUUGUGGCCUUACUGUGACAGCUCUAACCUUUAUUGAUAUUACUCUCAUCUCGUCUCAAAGAAUCUCAAUUUGAUGUGGUAAGCAGUCAUGUUUUGUCUUCCGUGUUGUUACCUGUACAUGAUUGUGGACGUAGUAUACACAUAUUUCUCAUGGGCUUUUGUUGACAUGUUUUCUCCCAGGCAUUUGGCAGCUUGGUGCAGAAUGUAACAUAAUUAGCUCAUUUUUACAUAACAUGAUUUAAAUUAUAUGGCUUUUUGUUAACUUCUAUAGAUUAUAUUUUUUACUUGUUAGUUGUCACAAUUAUAUCUAAGCUAGAUCAGCUUGGUAAUGAUACCUGACAUUAUUUUUAUAUGAAUUCUAGAUAACAAUUUUUGUAUGAAACUUGGAAUAUUUUAACCCAGAGCCUAUCUAUUAAGUUAACAAGAAUUGCACAUCUUUCAAAGCUCAAGUGGUUUAGAUUCUUCACAAGUGUGUGAAGAAUGGGUGCUAUGAGUGACAGGAUUGUGUGAAUGUAGUCAUGGCCCAUCACUUAACAUGUAAUGUUAUAACAGUGGGAAGUUGAGUGGCUUUGUGGUGUGGUGCUUGCCUCAGCCUGUAGAUUGUAAGUUCAGUCCUGGCUCUGAGCAGUGUUCCGUUUGAUACAGCAUUCUCUCAUAACCCUGACCAGCAUUACACUACCUGGUUGUUUUGUUGCCAUGAUUCCAUCCCCAGUGUUACAGCAGUGAGUGUGAUAAACUUGAUAUUUCAGAAUGCUACAAGUUUUUUGAGGAAAACUCCGGGACCAUGACUGUCAUACCAAGUGAUAUAUUUUUGCACAAAUUCAAUGUUGUGGUGUCCUUACUAGUAGUAGAAUCAUUCUGUGUUCAUGAAAUAUAAGUUAAAUUCAUGCAGCUAAUCAUCCUGCUGUUUGUACCAGUUGUCCCAUGAUAAAGAAUGUCAAUGAGUCUUAUGUUUUUGUUAUGAAUCUAGCAGGGUUCUAGAGUUCAUACUUAUGCAUCAUAGUGUACUCUUGCCAGGUGUGAAUGGCAGAGGGUUAAACAUAGGGACAGCAUUCCAGUGAGUGAUUGUUGCUAAGACUGCAUUGUGCAAUAGAUUUAAUUUUGGCAGAUUUUGGAAGAAUAAAAUUGAGUAUACUUCUGAGUAUGUUUACUAAGAGGUACUUUGUUCCAAUAUACACUGAAUGCUGCUUUAUGAAGA